CAUGGCGGGCCCGGCGGGCGGGCCUUAGCUGCCCGCGGCCCACCCGGCCCCAUGGAGGAGACCUAGGGCCGCCGGGGCGAGAGAGAGCGGCAGCGAUGCCGUCACCUGGGCAGACCCCGAGCGCCGGCAGCCCGAGGACGUCGUAGCGCUGCGGACCCCGGGCAGGAGGCAGGGAAGAGCCUUGAACCGUGAGGGGCCGUUAACUCUAAGAUGUCCUUGAGCAGCGGAGCUUCCGGAGGGAAAGGAAUCGAUGCGAACCCGGUAGAGACGUACGACAGCGGGGAUGAAUGGGACAUUGGUGUAGGGAAUCUCAUCAUUGAUCUGGACGCUGAUUUGGAGAAGGAUCAGCAGAAAUUGGAAAUGUCGGGCUCCAAGGAGGUGGGGCUCCCGGCGCCCAACGCGGUGGCGACCCUACCUGACAACAUCAAGUUUGUGAGCCCGGUGCCGGGCCCGCAAGGCAAGGAGGGCAAAUCCAAGUCGAAAAGGAGCAAGAGCGGCAAGGACAGUGGCAAACCGGCCCCGGGCAGCUCCCUGUUCACGGCCGGUGAGGGAGCUGGAGGCAAGAAGGAGGCUCAAGGACGCUCUGGGGAUGGCGCGAACUCGGGGGGUUUGGGGCCUGCCGUCACCCCCAAGGGCUCAGAGAAGUCGGCCAAGGCGUCUCGCAGCGUGGCCAGCUCCAAGAAGGACAAGGAGGGCGGUUCGUCCAAAAGCAAGAAGGAAAGGAGUGAGGGUGCGGGGGCUCCGACGGAGAAGGAGCCUGGUGUGCUGCAGCCCUUGGCCCUGGCUGUGAGGGUGGGACAGUACGAUGGUGGCCAGGGGACGGAGCCUGCUGCUGCCACCGAGCAGCUUGGGAGUAUAGCUAUUGACACAGGAGCUGCGCUCAACCCCUUGGGAGUUAAGUCGGAGCUGGAGGAUGGGGAAGGAGAGUGCCGGCAGCUGAAAAAGGUCAAAUCGGAGAAGAUGGAAUCUCCGGUCUCCACGCCCGCCGUGCUGCCCUUGCACCUCCUCGUCCCCGUGGUCAACAACGACAUCUCAUCGCCGUGUGAGCAGAUCAUGGUACGCACCCGCUCCGUCGGUGUGAACACCUGCGACGUGGCGCUGGCCACCGAGCCCGAGUGCCUGGGGCCCUGCGAGCCUGGCACCAGCGUCAACCUGGAGGGCAUCGUCUGGCAGGAGACGGAGGACGGUAUGCUGGUGGUCAACGUGACCUGGAGGAACAAGACGUACGUGGGGACGCUGCUGGACUGCACACAACACGACUGGGCACCUCCCCGGUUCUGUGACUCUCCCACCAGCGACCUGGAGAUGCGCAAUGGCCGGGGCCGAGGCAAGCGCAUGCGUCCCAACAGCAACACGCCCGUGAACGAGACCGCCGCCGCCUCGGACAGCAAAGGGACCAGCAACAGCAGCAAGACCCGGGCAGGAGCAAACAGCAAGGGGCGCCGCGGGAGCCAGAACUCCUCAGAUCACCGCACGCCGCCCAGCGGCACGGCAGAAGAUGUGAAGGCCAGUCCCUCGUCCGUCACCAAGCGGAAGAGCAAACCCCUCUCCGACAUGGAGCUCAACUCCAGCUCGGAGGACUCCAAGGGCAGCAAACGCAUCCGCACGAACUCGAUGGGCUCGGCAGCUGUGCCCCCCACCACGGUCAAGGUGGAGCCGGCUGUCCUCGACCGCAACUGCCCCUCUCCCAUCCUCAUCGACUGUCCCCACCCCAACUGUAACAAGAAGUACAAGCACAUUAACGGGCUGAAGUAUCACCAGGCCCACGCGCACACGGACGAUGACAGCAAGCUGGAGGCCGACGUGGAUAGCGAGUACGGUGAGGAGCCCUCCCUGCAUGCCGAUGUCGGGAACUGCAAUGGUGCCUCUGUGUCACAGAAGGGCUCGCUUUCGCCUGCGCGCUCGGCCACCCCCAAGGUCCGCUUGAUGGAGCCCCACAGCCCCUCCCCUUCCAGCAAGUUCAGCGCCAAGGUCCCCAGCAAGAAGAAGCUGGCAGGGGAAGGAGACACUGACCCCGGUGCCCUGUCUAACGAUGGCUCUGAGGAUGGUCCCUCGGUGGCCGAUGAGACGAGCAACGACGGCUUCGACACGCUGGAGAAGAGGUGCGUGGAUAAAGACAAGUCCAAGAAGGCAUCUGGUGCUAAGCAGGAGAAGAUGCCUUCCAAAAGCUUGAAGUCUGCCAGACCCAUUGCCCCUGCCAUUCCCCCACAGCCUAUUUACACCUUCCAGACAGCCACCCUCACCGCAGCCAGCCCCGGGUCCUCCGCGGGCCUCACCACCACGGUGGUCCAGACCAUGCCGAGCAGCCCCCAGCUCAAACCCAUCCAGCCCAAACCUACUGUGAUGGGUGAGCCCUUCGCGGUCAACCCUGCCCUCACCCCUUCCAAGGAGAAGAAGAAGAAAGACAAGAAGAAGAAGGAGCCCAAGGAGGUAGAAAACCCUCUGACUCCUGGCAAGGUGUGUAGGGCAGAGGAAGGGAAGAGCCCGUUCCGGGGGGAAACGAGCGAUCUCGGGGCAAAAAGCGAGGGACUGCUGAAUGGCUCCUCUGACCCGCAUCAGAGUCGGCUUGCUAGCAUCAAGGCUGAGGCGGAUAAAAUCUACAGCUUCACCGACAAUGCCCCGAGCCCCUCCAUCGGCGGUGCCAGCAGGCUGGAGAACGCCAACCCUGCCCAACCCAUGACCCCGCUGCACGUCGUCACCCAGAAUGGGGCGGAAGCGAGCUCGGUGAAAACCAACAGCCCGGCCUACUCGGACAUCUCUGACGCUGGGGAGGACGGCGAGGGCAAGCUGGAGAGUGUGAAGGCAAAGGAUCCAGAGCAGCUUGUCAAGGAUGGAGCCAAAAAAGCUCUUUUCCCCCCACAACCUCAGAGCAAAGAAUCUCCCUAUUACCAAGGCUUCGAAACCUACUAUUCCCCUGGCUACCCUCAGGCAAGCCCGGGGCCCUUGAACCCCAGCAGCCAGGCUGCGGCCGAGACACAAGCCUUGAAGCUGAAGAAGGAUGAGGAGCAGGAGAACCCAGAGGUGAAGGUGAAGAGCGAGGGCGUUGAAGAGAAGAAGGCAGAGCUGGGCAGCUCCAGCCAGCAGCCCUCUGUCAUCCAGCAGCGUCCCAACAUGUACAUGCAGUCCCUCUACUACAACCAGUACGCCUACGUGCCACCCUAUGGCUACAACGAGCAGGGCUACCACGCUCACCUGCUGAGCACCAACCCUGCCUACCGGCAGCAGUAUGAAGAGCAACAGAAGCAGAGACAGAGCCUGGAGCAGCAGCAGCAGAGAGGGCUGGAGAAGAAGGCAGAGCUCGGCAUGAAGGAGCGGGAAGCGGCUCUCAAGGAGGAGUGGAAGCAAAAGCCGCCCAUGCCCCCGACGCUCACCAAGGCCCCCAGCCUCACCGACCUUGUCAAGUCGGGGCUGAGCAAGGCCAAGGAGCAGGGAGGUGCUGACAUGGCCAAAUCCGUUAUCAUCCCCAAGCUGGAGGACUCGUCCAAGCUGUCUGGCAGCCAGGUGGCCGAGGGGCUGAAGGUGAAGCUGAGCGAGGCCGGCCACCUUGGCAAGGAGGCCGCGGAGACAAAGGGAGGCUCCGAGUGCGGUCGGCAAGCAGAGGUGGACCCUGUGCUCUGGUACAGACAGGAAGCAGAGCCCCGGAUGUGGACCUACGUUUACCCAGCGAAAUACUCGGACAUCAAGACGGAGGAUGAGCGAUGGAAGGAGGAGCGGGACAGAAAGUUGAAGGAGGAAAGAAAUCGAAGCAAAGAAGUGGUGUCCAAGGAGGAUGGGAAAGAGAGCACCAGCUCCGAGUGCAAACUGACCCCCACUGAGGAAGCUCGCAUGGUGGGGAAGGACCCCAGGCCCAGUGUCCACGUCCCUGUGUCCUCCCCCCUCACGCAGCACCAGUCCUACAUCCCCUACAUGCACGGCUACUCCUACAGCCAGUCGUACGACCCCAACCACCCCAGCUACCGGGCCAUGCCCACCGUCAUGAUGCAGAACUACCCAGGCUCAUACCUUCCCUCCAGCUAUUCCUUCUCGCCCUAUGGGAGCAAGGCAUCUGGGAGUGAUGACAGCGACAAGUCCCGUGCCAGCCCCAGUGUCAGCUGUAAGUCCAGCUCCGAGUCCAAGGCCCUGGACAUCCUGCAGCAGCACGCCAGCCACUACAAGAGCAAAUCACCCACGAUAAGCGAGAAGACAGCUCAGGAGAGGGACCGCAGCGGCUGUGGGGUGGUAGGGGGCAGCGGGAGCUGCAGCAGCAUUGGAGGAGCCGGCGGUGGGGAGAGGAGCGCAGAGCGGCCCCGGACCUCACCAUCUCAGCGCCUGCUCUCUACACACCACCACCACCACCACCUCGGGUACUCGCUGCUGCCGGCGCAGUACAACCUGCCCUAUGCAACAGGUCUGUCCUCCACGGCCAUCGUGGCCAGCCAGCAGGGCUCCGCGCCCUCCCUCUACCCGCCGCCCCGCAGGUGAGGACGGUAAGGCUGCCGUGGGGUGCUGGGCUUGGCCCCUGGGCGCGGGCUGAGCCCUUGGCUCCAGCAGGACGUGACGCCGGGACCGGGCUGUGCAGCAGGCAUGUGACAGGCUCACAUGGGGACGCGCCGGAGACUCCUGUAGACAUCAGUUGAAUGGUGUUGAUUGUUCUGCUGGACGUUCUGCCACCGUCUGAGGCAGACUCUGUCCUCUCCCCCCGUCGGACACACACUGAGCCCCACAGCCCUUUGGUGAGCGGCGAGCCGGCACCUGCGGAAGUAUUUAUUCUCCUGGGCUUCGGCGCUCGGGAUGGGAGCAGAUCGCCCACCUGGUGCAUAUGAAGAGGAAACGGAAGCACUGAGGUCUCUGGAUGAAUUCGCGGCCUUGCCGUGGGGCUGAGCAGCGUGGGGCAUGGGGCGGUGGGGCUGGGACGCUGCCCCCCGCCCCCGCGGGGCCGCGGCCGGGCCGAGCCCUGCGCUACAGCAGUCUCAGGGAGCUGUGGGAGGUGAGCAGCGGGGCGGCCGCAGCCGUGGGGUCAGGCGGCCUCGGUGCCCCUGUCGGCCGCAGCUGCCCCGUACGCCUCUCACAGCCCCUCGCCCCGGGCUGGGCGGCGGGACCCCCACCACCUGCCCUGCUGCCGGGGUCUCUCCCCAGUGCCUUGUGCGGCCCGGCCCCACGGCUUCCCCCUGGGCUCCGAGCUGUGCCCCCGGGGGUGCUGCUCCCCUCGCUCCCUCCCCUCUCCCAUCGGCUUCCCCGGGCUGCGGGCAGAGCUCAGCGAGGAACAAGCACACUUAGGCUCUGCCCAGAGGCACGAGGUCGCUGCUGCCGCUCCCUGCGCCCGAGGACAGGGGCUUUCUGGUCCUCUGCCUGCCCGCCGCCCCCCGGCCAGCGCUACCUCGGCCCCACCGUCUCCCCCCGGGCCGGGGCCGCAGUGCCGUCUCCGCUGUGCGUGCGCGAGGCACCCCCGGCCCCAGGGCCGCUGUACCGGGAUGCUCUGUACAUACUGUAAAAAGCAAUUGUUUGAAAGCUGUUGUUUUUGGGUUUUGUUUUCUUCCCGUCCCCCUGCUCUCCCACCUUUCCCAGCCCAAGGGAUGCCCGGCAGCGUGGCGCUCCCCCAUGCCUCCUAGGUUGGCUCAUUGCUCUUCCAGCGGUCGCCCCACGAGGCAGCGGGGCCGGGGUGCUGCAGGAUCACCCCAUGGCCAGGGCCGCCCCAGUAGGGUCAGUGACCGCAGGUGGAGCAGAGCGGGGCUGAGCCGUUGGUGUUGAUAGCUCUCGUUUCCAUUGGAGUUGCUGUGUUGGGUUUCAUUUCAGUCUUCCUGAUUCUGCCCUUCUGUAAAGUGUACAUUAUUACCAAGUUCCUUGUUUUUUAUAUAUAUAUAUAUAUAAAUAUAUAUAUAUACAAACUGUACUCUUCUUGCCUUU